AUGGCUCGUGGGAAGAUCCAGAUCAGGAGGAUUGAGAACUCAACGAAUCGGCAGGUCACGUAUUCGAAGAGACGGAGUGGUCUCUUCAAGAAGGCACAUGAACUCACCGUCCUCUGUGAUGCCCAAGUCUCCAUCAUCAUGUUCUCCUGUACCAACAAGCUUCACGAAUAUAUCAGUCCCUCCAUUACGACUAAACAGUUCUUCGAUCAGUACCAGAGGACCUUGGGUGUCGACCUUUGGAGCUCUCAUUAUGAGGAAAUGCAAGGGCACUUGAAGAAGCUGAAAGAGGUUAAUAGGAACCUUCGGAGGGAGAUUAGGCAGAGACUGGGAGAGAGUUUGAACGAUCUGAACUAUGAUGACCUGCGUGGUCUUGAGCAAGAAGUGGAUGGUUCUGUGAAGAUCAUCCGUGAGCGAAAGUUGAGGAAUGUGGAAGAAAUACACAGGAAUCUCCUGCAUGAAUUUGAUUCAAGAGAUGAAGAUCCGCACUAUGGGUUGGUUGACAACGGAGGGGAUUACGAUUCUGUUCUCGGAUUCCCAAAUGGAGGACCUCACAUACUAGCUCUACGCCUGCAACCUAACCCGCCCAAUCCUCACAGUGGGGGCUCAGAUCUUACUACCUAUGCCUUGCUCGAGUAG